AUGAGGGAACUCACGCCAACAUCAUCAACUUCCUCCUUAUCAUCAGGGACCAAACGACAUAUCACAGAGGAAGAUACUCCUUCCAAGAAACCUCAUACAAAUAACUCGAUGGUCGAUAUCCUCGAGACGACUCAUUUGAACGCUUCCGGCGACUAUGUCAAUGAGAGAACGAUGGUGGCCAGGGACGUACAGGAGGAGAACAAGAUAAUAUCGAAGAAGGAUAAAGGGAAAGGAAAGAUGAAAAUGGUCUACUCACCUGAAUUACCAGAGGAAGUUUGGACGAGGAUAUUCGAGAUCUACUAUGAAGAUAGAACUACUCAGUGGCAAAGUACUGGUGUUCUCCGAGAUGGCCUCACACCCGUCCUUCUUUCUCGAGAUCAUGCUCGUAUCGCCAUCCCAGUCCUCUAUCGACAUCCAUACGUAGGCUACAAAGCUAUCACACCGUUCAUCUCGGCUUUAUCUCAACGUCCUCGGUACACCGAAUUACCUCACAAAGAUUACAUCAAGCAUUUCACCGUAAGAGCAUCGCCUAUCAUUCCAUCCAACGAGUUCUCUGCAUUUUAUGCCGGUCGAAAGAAAUCCGAUGUUGGGACCAGUGCCGUCGCACCAUAUACAAUACAUCCAUCCUUCGAUACUCUAAUGAGAAUUUUACCCGAGCUGUCCACAUUUACUCUCAAAGAUACACUUGUGCUCCAUCAAGCUGACGCUCAACUUCUCUUCCGUGGCUUAGCACAUCUUAGCCCACAGAAAGCCAGAUUGGAAUUCAGGAUGUGGGACCUAUAUGAUUCACCUUACGGACAGGACAUCAUCGGUGCGACGCGAGGCGGGGUAUUCAAUUCUUAUGGAAGUAAACCAUCUGUAUUACCUUCACCAGACCUCACGUCUCCGACAAAUGCACACUAUGAUAUCGGACCAUUGGCCUAUCAGAAGGCUUGGAGAGAUGCGCUCUAUAACGCUACCGAACUGGAUUUGCCUCCUUGGUGGAUCGAACCUUCAAGAUCUGACCAUCCAGCUCCGGCGUUACCCUCUGGUCAAUGGAAUGUCAACAAUGCUGGUCUAACCGCUAAUCAGCUCACGAACUGGGCUGCGGCUUUGCCUCCUCCAGCUCAGGCAGGCGGUCAACCACCAAAUGUCGCUCUGGCUCAUCCAUACUUCCCUGCCGCACCUCCUCUUCCACCAUCUCAACCUUCUUCAUCGACGACAACGCAAGACCACCUUCUCGGGCAGCUGCAGCUCCAACAGCAACGUCUGCGCCGAAUGCUCAGGGAUCAUCCCAAACUCUCGCACUGGCUUGAGCCCGAGGAAACAUCAGAUAUGGCUAUCACGUCUGGCAACGCUGGCGUAUCGACUGGAGGCACUGGAUCUUCGGGUAAUCAGACGGCGGUAGCUGCCUCUGAGGGCACGUCCGGUCUGUCUUUAGAUGAUUUAAUUGAUACUACUGCUUGGGAGUUUUCUGAUAGUGAAAACGAAGAACUCGGCUCUUAUACCUUCAGUCCCGAAUCAAGACCGCCACUAGCUGCUGGACACUCAGGACUUCGCUUGGAACCAUCGCAUACGGAGAACCCGUCUCUGCCAUCGCAUUCUGGUAGCAGACAAGGUAUCGGCCCCUCUUGGUCAAGAUGCACACUUCAAGGCGGUGCAGAACCAGCUUCAGCAAACUCAGUCUCAAACAAUGCAAUGGCUGGUUCAUCCUCCAAUGUUAUGAGUGAUCUUUCAUUAACGCAGGCGACAGUUCCUGCACCUCGACAACGAUACCGACGAAUCAUAGGCCCCGGCUGGACGGGACCUUCAGACGUCCCCUCGGCGCAAAAUUCUGCCGAAACAGGCUCUAGAGUUGGACAAAUAAGUAAAUCGAUAACCCAAACACCGGGUGUGACAUCUCAUGAACUCGCACACCAUAUGCGUGGAUUACUCCUCAAGCUCAUCAGAGAUUUCUGGACACCUCGAUUACAAGCUUUUUCCAUCGUUGCUCUUGACCCCUUGGCAAGUCUCAUAGUCAGAGCACCUCAUUUAGACUUCUGGACUCAGGUCAACGUACCUCACGUUAGAGUACAUUUACCUCGAUCGAUUAAUUCUUUGGCGGUAUUCAAAGGUGCGAAAGAGGUAGCCAGAGAUCGAGCGAGAAGAAGGAGAGAACAUGGUGAUUUGGGUAAUAACAACAACAACAACGAACAGGAGCCAGAUCCAGUUUUGACUGAAGCAGGAAAUGAAGAUGUAUAUGAGAUUGUGGGAGGUGAUGGAUCAGGAAACGAAUUGAUAAAUGAGGAAGUGAGGUUAUUCGAAGUUGAGAUUAAUUCGUUGGAAGAGAUGAGAGAUGAAGUUUGGAUUAGGUAUGGUGAUCAACUACCACCCCAACUGUGUAGGAUCCUGGCGGGCGAACAUGAUUGGAGAGAUAUCAGUCUUGGUCACAUGAACGAUAUCUAUCCUCCACCUUAUUCGGAGUAUAUCUCACCUGAAUCACCUGCUACUUCAGAUUUCGAUUCUCCCACUUUCAGCUUUGUAUCUCUUGACGAGGAAGAUGACCAACGAAAUGAUGUUGAUGAUCUGGAAAUGGAGGGAGGAGGAGAAGGAGAGGGGAAUAAUACGUAUGAUAGGGAGAAGGCCGAGGAACAAGCUAAAAGGAUGAGAGCAAGGGGUAACGUAGUGUAG